AGAUCCCCAGCUCUUCUUGCCUUUGACUUUCAUCGUCUUCACCACCAAUGGCUGAUUUCAAUAGAUACUCUUCUCAAAACUAUGCUCCCUCUGCACCUGCUCUCCCAGAAUCUUACGCGCAGGAGUCAACCUCUGAAUCUCAUAGGUACCACGGCCAUCAAUCCUCCGCUCCUUCCCAGCCCUAUGCUCAACCUUCCUCUUAUGAGUAUUCUUCGGCUCCCCAAUACGGUGUUUAUUUUCCUCCAGGGACGCACCCGGAUAUUAUUAGAAGCUUUCAGAUGGUGGAUAGGGAUCGAAGUGGGUUUAUUGACGAGUUGGAGUUGCAGAAGGCUCUCUCUUCUGGUUACGAGAAGUUCAGUAUUGGAACCAUUCUGUUCCUUAUGUUUCUUUUCAAGAAUCCUAAGGAGCCUUUGAAGAUUGGGCCUAGUGAGUUUGCUGCGUUGUGGAAUUGUUUGGGACAGUGGCGAGCCAUCUUUCAGAGAUUUGAUAGGGACAGGAGUGGGAAAAUUGACUCAAUGGAACUGAAAGAUGCUCUUUACAGUCUUGGAUUUGCUGUCCCACCUUCUGUUCUUCAAGUUUUGAUCUCCAAGUAUGAUGAUGGAAGUGGCCGUAGGGUUGAACUUAAUUUUGACAGCUUUGUUGAAUGUGGGAUGAUUGUAAAGGGUUUAACGGAAAAAUUCAAGGAGAAAGAUGUUCACUACACUGGUUCAGCGACUCUUGCCUAUGAUACAUUCAUGUCAAUGGUCAUCCCAUUCAUUGUACCAUCAUAGAUCAGGUUUUGUUGUCAUCCAUUUCAUUGUAUCCUAUUGAUUUUUUGGGUGCUUCUAUUUUCAUUUUUUUUCCUUCUUAUUUUGGGUUUAGGAAGGGCAUGUAUAUUAUACAUGUUUGUUUCUACAGAAGAUUAGGAUGGGGGAUAUCUUUGCAUGAAUGAGAAAAUUGUUUUUCUGGCAAAACAUGUGAAGCUGUAUUCUGACUUGCUCAACUUAAUGUUGUUUA